CUCCACCUGUCUAUUUGAAGGCUAUGUCAGGAUUUUGGGAUUUAGAGGAAAGCAGUCAUGACCCAUUACUGAAGCAGUUUGCUGUAAAACACCAAAGAAGCGACUCAGAGGAGUCACAGACGAGCAAAAGACGUACGAGGGAUAAUCACAAUAAUCAAAGAUGAAACGUAACUGGAACUACGAUGAGCAGAAGAGUUUCUGGAGUCAACCCCAGAGUGAGGACCUGAGUAGGCAGCAGGAGGUCAAGCGUUUGGAACGCAACCGGCUGCUGCUGGAGUAUGAUGAGGAGGAGGAAACCUGGGAGAAGAGGAGACAUUUUCGACAGAGGCGGGCUGAGCAGAGGGAGCACGAAAGGGUGAGCACGCUCCUCAACGCAGAGGAGGACAGAAGGAACAGGGAGAAGCAACGCGAGCAAGAUGAGAGGAUGGCUAAAGCCAUCGCACGCAUUGAACUUGAUAAGCAAGGAAAGGAGAAGAGGAGGCAACAAAUCCGAGAGAACACCCUGGAGCUGCGAGAUUUGAAGUCAAAACUGUUGGCUGCCUAUGUGAACAAGGGGAGAGCUGAGCAGAUGGCCGAGAGGGAAAACAUGAGGCGUGAAGAGCAGUGCGAGGAGGCGGAGUUAGGACUAAAGAUGCUGGACGAAAAACAACGAGAAGAAACGGAGCAGCAGAAACUAGAGCAGAAACGCCAGGUGGAGCGGGAGGAGUAUCUCCAACUGCUGAAACAGCAGUUUGUGGAGAAGGAUCACAGGAGACAGCAGGCAUAUGAGGAGUUUCUCAAAGAGAAGCAACAGGUGGACAACAUAGUGAGGAAGAUUUAUGAGGAGUUUGAGAUGGAGAGGAAGCAGAGACUGGAGAGGGUCAGAGCCACUCAGCAGGAAAUAGAGAAAUUUGAGAAGCAGCGUGAAGAGUGGAAACUCGUGGAGAAAGAGAGGAUAAAGGCUGAGAACCGCCGCAUCAUAGAGUUUGUGGAGCAGAAGCAGGUCAUGGAGGAGGACAGAUUGGCUAAGGAAAAAGAGAAGGGUGAAGCCAAAGACCAGGCCUACCAAUCCCUCUGUAGGACGAUAGAAGAGGAGAAGCAGCAGCGUGAGGAGAUGGAGCAACUCAUGGAGGAAAUUUACCUGGAGGAGAAGGAGGAAGCUUACAGGCAGAGGGAAAUUGAAGAAAUGGAGAAGAAAAUGAGGCAGAGGCUGAUGCUUCAGCAGGCCUGCCAGGAACUGACAGCUCUCAAAGAGUUGCAGAGGAAGGCACAGAAAGAAGAGGAGGAGGCCUUCAGGAGGAUGAUGAUGGACAAGUUUGCGGAGGACGAUCGGAUUGAGCAGAUGAACGCCCAGAGAAGACGCAUGAAGGAACUGGAGCAUAAACGUGCGGUGGAAAAGCUGGUGGAGGAAAGGAGGCAGGAGCGUCAGGCUGAAAGGGAGGCGGAGGCCAAAGAGGAAGAGAUGGAGGAGGAGAAGGAGGCAGAGCUUAGACGCAUGAUUGAAGAAGAGAGACAGAAACUUCUUAAAAGCCACAUUACAAAACUGUUAGGAUACUUACCAAAGGGCUUGAUCCGUGAAAGUGACCUGCAGCACUUUGACAAAGACUUUAUAAACAAUCUCAAAUCAAAACAGGAUGAUGAUAUCUUCUUUAUGGACCGCCAAAACACUAUUUAAACCAGGGGUCUCAACUCAAAUGACCUGUGGCCCAAUGACUGUUUAAUCUGCUCAGUUGGGAAAAGCAACAGUUGCGGUGGACGUUAUGAGCUCAAAAUGACAUAUCAAUAUGCCGUAUUAAUUCCUUUUUUUAUAUGUACUCUAUUGCCUCGUGUGAGCUUUUCCGUCUUUUACUUCUUCAUUAUUCCGUACAGUCCACUGUGUUUGUUUUAAAGUGCUUUAAAAAUGAAGUUGGAUUGGAUCAUUUCAAAAUAUAAGUGAUUGUUUUAAUAUACAACAAUAAAAAAAACAUAU